GAGACAACUGAUAUACUAUACGAGCGAUGGUUUUAUUGCGAAGACUUGGGAACACAAUUAGUGCCAAUCAUUAAACAAUUUCAGGCAUCAGAAGAGUGUAAAACUGGGAAACCAUCUAAAAAUUCAAAGCUAAGAACUGCCCCCUAUUCUGAUGAUAUAACUCGACAAAUGGUGAGACCUUUUCAUUUAAAAGAAUGGCUUAAAAACAACGCCAAAGAGAUCGAUGAGAAUGGCUUUAAGGCGUUGUUUGACAAUAGUUUUCAAUCAAAAAUCACUGUUUUUGGUGGCAAUAAAACUCAUGAAAUGAAGAGCCCUUUCGAAACAUUCGUCUUACAAGUGGUCAUCAAUUCUAUCGAUUGUGUGAAAAGUGUUCAAAAGAGGGCGCUAUCCGUGCCAUUAAUACACACUACAAAAAAUGAUUCAAACGUUAUAAUUAACAACAAAUGCAUUCAAUUAGUCGCCGGAAAUACAAUCCUCGUCCCCAAAGACAUGAGAAGUAUCCCAUACAGUAGACGCCAAUUGUUCAUUGAAGUCAGUUCUUGGAAGCUAUACACUGGCCGUUACAAUGCCUUCAAUGCCAUCCAAUUCACUGUAAUUCAGCUGAAAAUAUCUUAAAUUGAGAUAAAACUAGAAGAAA